UCAACUCUAUCACCAGAAAUCUCCCCAUUCCCUCGCUCCUCUCUCGCUCUCCCUUCCAAGUUCCAAGUCUCCGGUGGCACAGCUCCGUCGCGUCCGAGCCGUGGAGUUUUGGCAUUGAAGCAGUGGAUAAUACCACAUCAGGGAUGGCUGUUGUUGCUGUAGGUGCAAACAUGUGCCUUUCUGUUUCUUCCAGAGCCACAAAAACCGGCCAAAUGGUCAUUUCUACUCCUUUGCCAUUACCCUUUGCAUCAACUCUUUGUGUAAGAGCAAAAUUGCCAUCCACCUGUGCUUUGGCUGAUUCCAGACCAUCAAUAGGUAGUGAAGGCUUUCUACUUUAUGGCAAUACUCAUAAGCAGUCCCACAUUGUUAGGGCCGUAGGAGAGAGCCAGGAAAGCACUGAGUCAGAUGUUCAAAACAGUGACAAUUUCGAAGAGGCUGAAUCGAUUGACCAACAACCGAGCAAGGCGACUGCUGAGUUGACUGAGCUGGGGGCCGAGAUAAAGAAAGCGUUGGAGCAGAGGAAGGAGAAAGCAGAUGACAAUUUGUUGAGUGGUGUGGCAGAGGAGAUUGGGGAGAUUGAGUGGCCCGCAUUUGGCAAGGUGUUGGGAAUAACUGGUGUUGUCUUGGGGGUAAUUGCUGGAUCGAGUGUCGCCCUGCUCACCGUGAAUGUCGUUUUGGCAGAGCUGUCAGACAAAGUUUUUGGGGGUAAGGGAAUCCAGGAUUUCUUUGGUUAGAAGUGGGAAAAGCUACAGAUCGUGCAGGGGUUUGCAAGGCCGAGGAACCUUCCUCAUGGGACAAGCUAAGGUGUUCUGUUCACCCCCUCGAGAAUUGAGAUAAGUAGUAUGAUUGUUGGGUGAGGCUUUCAUGUUCCACAGCAGUGUACUAAUCUCGUAUUUCACAAAGUCGAAUGCAUCUAUCCGUGGCCGGCAAGCAGUUUUGAUUCUAUCCAAAGUUGUAGAAGUAAUGAUAAAGCUGCUGAAUGUAGACAAGAUCAAAUCUCUAUAUGCUUAUUCCAUUGUAGAUAAAGAAUUAUGGCAAGAUUGAAUCAAGAGAAGACUGUUAUUACAUUGUC